CAAUGGACAAGGUGGUCGGGAUUUUAGGAGGCGGCCAGCUUGGCCGUAUGCUUGCAGAAGCGGCGUCUCGCCUCAACGUUGAUGUUGUCAUCCUUGAUGUCGGAGAAGAUGCACCUGCGAAGCAGAUCGUCGCUCAAAGGCCUCCUCGCAUUAUGCAUGUCAAUGGCUCCUUCACCGACCCGGCCAAGAUCCGCGAGCUGGCGUUGAAGGUGGACGUCCUUACCGUGGAGAUCGAACACGUCGAUGUCUCUGUUCUGGAUGAUGUGCAGCCUUCGCUUCCUCUUGGCGUGCAUCCCAGCCCGUCCACGAUCCGAAUAAUCCAAGAUAAGUUCGUUCAAAAGCAGCAUCUGGCCGCACAUAGUUGUCCGGUGUCCGACUUUAUGCAAGUUGACUCUACCGUUGAGUGCGUUCGCUCGGCGGCGAAAAAACUAGGGCUACCAUUGAUGCUCAAGAGCCGUACGCUGGCAUACGAUGGCAGGGGAAACUUUGUCGUUCGCGACGUAUCCCAGAUCGACGACGCUAUCCACGCUCUCGGUGACCGGCCAUUAUAUGCGGAAAAAUGGGUGCCAUUCAUCCAAGAGAUCGCCGUCAUCGUAGUGCGCUCGGCAGCUGGCCAGGUUGUGUCUUAUCCAGCCGUGGAGACAGUUCACAAGGACAACAUAUGCCAUCUUGUGUUUGCUCCUCUGCGCUCAAGCGACCCUGCCGUCGCUUCUCGCGCUCGUUCUAUAGCGGAAACAGCAGUCAAGACGUUGCACGGAUCUGGUGUAUUUGGAGUUGAGAUGUUCCUCAUGGCAGACGGCAUGUUAUAUCUGAACGAGAUUGCUCCACGGCCACAUAACUCAGGACACUAUACCAUUGAGGCAUGCGAGACAUCUCAAUACGAGAAUCAUCUGCGCGCGGUUUUAUCUCUGCCACUUGGUUCCACGGCUCUUAAGGUUCCUUCGGCGGUAAUGCUCAACCUUUUGGGCGCAUCAGACAGCAUGGAAGAGAUCAAGACGGUAGCAGAAUAUGCACUCUCCAUACCUGGUGCAAGUAUCCACCUCUAUGGUAAGACAGUCUGCCGAAAAGGUCGCAAGAUGGGACACAUCACCAUCGUCGCGGACUGCGAUGCUGAACUCCACGAACGCCUGCGGCCCCUUCUUCAACAGCUUCCGUCACCGAGCGACGAGAAAGAGAUCGAGAUAUACUCGCCGCUGCCUCCGGACAAGGGUCAUUCGCACCGUAGACCGCUCGUUGGCGUUAUCAUGGGCUCCGACUCGGAUUUGCCGGUAAUGCUCGCCGCGGCACAUAUCCUCGACCGUUUCAGCGUGGCAUACGAAUUGACGAUCGUCUCUGCGCACCGCACACCCGACCGCCUGGUGGAAUAUGCACGGUCGGCGGCAUCGAGGGGACUGAGGGCGAUCAUUGCUGGCGCUGGCGGUGCGGCUCACCUUCCGGGAAUGGUUGCGGCGAUGACUGCACUUCCCGUUAUCGGUGUGCCGAUUAAGGGCAGCUCGCUUGAUGGCGUUGAUUCACUGCAUAGCAUUGUGCAGAUGCCCAGGGGAGUGCCUGUUGCAACGGUUGCCAUCAAUAAUGCAACAAAUGCUGGAUUGCUGGCGGUUCGCAUGUUAGGGAAUGGGAUCCCACAUCUAAUUACUGCUAUGGACAGCUAUCAAAAAGAAAUGGAAGGAGAGGUGAUGGCCAAAGUGGAGAAGCUUAAUAAAUAUGGCUGGGAAGAGUAUGGGGCGAAGCAGUGAACUUCAUUUGAAUGUUCGAACGGUUGUAUAUUGCGUCUUUCCACAACAAGACAUUGUCACUUGGCACUCAACUCGAUAUUGCACCGUCGAAUAUCCUUAAUACCUCGGAACCACUGCUCUGUAUGUGUGUCUCCAGACAAUGGCAUAACAAACUGGCCAGCGGACGUAUU